UUCAAACCUUGUUCAAUUAAAACUUAAAAAAAUCUGAAAUUUUAUUCCUUCAAAUAUAAAAUGAAUCUUUUCCUAGUCUCCUUCAUCAUCGCGGUAACUAUUUCGGGAACGGUCGGGAAAAUCGACGUGAACAAAGAGCUCGCCACAUAUUCCUCCUGCAACGGUAAACCCGUCGUUUUCUCGGCGGACACGGUCACACAAGGACUCUUUGUCGCCCCCCAGUGCUGGGCGAUUGAAGAUGAAUUUUGCGCCCAACUCUGCGUGUUUAAACUGCUUGACGGUGCCGUCAAGGGGGGCAAGCUAAGCAAGGCGUGGUUCAAGACGGAGGGCAAGAAAACCACCAUGGGAGAUGGGGACGCCAAGGAGAAAAUACUUAAAGGAUUGGAUAAGUGUAUGCCCGAGGAUUUGGACGUGACCGAGAAGGACGGCAAGUGUGGAUUAUACCAAGCUUUUAAUGAGUGCAUGCAGAAAAAUUACAAAGAAGUUUGUAAGUAAAAGAAGGAAUAAUGUGGGUGAAUAAAGAAAUAUGAACAUUUCUGGAAG